ACAGUUUCGCGCCACUGCAGCAAUCCGACAGAAGCGCAGCAGGGGAAAAAAAGAUCCACUCUCCACAAUGUCUUCUCCAUUAUCAACUCCUGGUCGCAAAAGAGGGAGGAGCACCAACCCGUCCACACCCAGCAGUGAUGGCCUGGCUUCGCCGGCGUCUCGGCGGCACAGAGCCCAUGACUCCUCCGCGGGGGACCUGAUGCCCAUGCCCACCUCGCCCGCCAUCGACGUGCUCAGCCCGCCGGCGCCGCAGGACGUUUCUCUCUUCUCCAGCCCUCGAGCCUCAGUUCUCCCCAAUGACAUGGACACGAGCUCCCCUCUCUUGUAUGGGACACCCCGGAGUAGCAUCCGGGGUACCCCAUCGCGCCAACGUCCCGAUCUGGGCUCCGUGAGAAAAGCCCCUCAAGUUGAUUUUCAGUCUGAGCCGCCAAGCAACGAGGGCGCACUUGCCAGCGAGCCAAACGCGGGUCAGAGGUUGGUCAUCUGGGGGACUGACGUCAAUGUGGGGACUUGUAAAGAAAAGUUUCAGAGAUUCCUGCAGAGGUUCGUCGACCCCAACAGCACAGAGGACGAGAACGCCGGCCUGGACCUCAACGAGCCUAUCUAUAUGCAGAAACUGGAGGAGAUCAGUGUAGUCGGUGACCCUGUUCUCAACGUCAACUGCGGCCAUGUGCGAGCUUUUGAUGCAGAACUUUACAGGCAGCUCAUCAGUUACCCGCAGGAAGUCAUCCCCACCUUCGACAUGGCGGUCAAUGAGCUCUUCUUUGAACGUUUCCCAGACUCCAGCCUAGAGUACCAGAUCCAGGUGCGCCCCUACAGUGCGGUGAAGACCCGCAACAUGAGGGGCCUGAACCCAGAAGACAUCGACCAGCUGAUCACCAUCAGCGGAAUGGUGAUCCGCACCUCGCAGCUCAUCCCCGAGAUGCAGGAGGGCUUCUUCCAGUGCCAGGUGUGCGCCUUCAGCACGCGCGUGGAGGUGGACCGCGGGCGCAUCGCCGAGCCGGCCGUGUGCCGCCACUGCAACACCACCCACAGCCUGGCGCUCAUUCACAACCGCUCGGUCUUCUCCGACAAGCAGAUGAUUAAAAUUCAGGAGUCGCCCGAAGAUAUGCCGGCGGGCCAAACGCCGCACACCACCGGUGUGUUUGCACACAAUGACCUGGUGGACAAAGUGCAGCCCGGAGACAGAGUCAACAUCACCGGGAUCUACCGGGCGGUGCCCAUGCGUGUCAACCCGCUGCAGAGCAACGUCAAGUCGGUGUACAAGACCCACAUUGACGCCAUCCACUUCCGCAAAACGGACGAAAAGCGCCUGUACGGCCUGGACGACGAAAACGAGCAGAAGCUCUUCACCGAGGACCGCGUGCGGGCCCUCAAGGAGCUGGCGGCCAAGCCCGACGUCUACGAGCGCCUCGCCUCCGCCCUGGCGCCCAGCAUUUACGAGCAUGAGGACAUUAAAAAGGGCAUCCUUCUGCAGCUCUUCGGCGGAACUCGCAAGGACUUCAGCCAGACGGGCCGCGGCAACUUCCGUGCCGAGGUCAACAUCCUCCUGUGCGGGGACCCUGGUACCAGCAAAUCUCAGCUUCUCCAGUACGUGUACAACCUGGUGCCUCGUGGCCAGUACACGUCCGGGAAGGGCUCCAGCGCCGUGGGCCUCACCGCUUACGUGAUGAAGGACCCGGAGACGAAGCAGCUGGUGCUGCAGACCGGCGCCUUGGUGCUGAGCGACAACGGCAUCUGCUGCAUCGACGAGUUUGACAAGAUGAGCGACAGCACGCGCUCCGUGCUUCACGAGGUCAUGGAGCAGCAGACGCUUUCCAUCGCCAAGGCGGGAAUCAUUUGCCAGCUGAACGCCCGCACCGCUGUUUUGGCUGCUGCCAAUCCAGUCGAGUCGCAGUGGAACCCCAAGAAGACCACCAUUGAGAACAUUCAACUGCCUCACACGCUGCUCUCCAGAUUCGACUUGAUUUUCCUGAUGCUGGACCCUCAGGAUGAGGCGUACGACCGUCGGCUGGCCCACCACUUGGUGUCGCUCUACUACCAGAGCGAGGAGCAGAUUGAGGAGGAGUUCCUGGACAUGGCCGUGCUGAAGGACUACAUUGCGUAUGCGCGCACGUAUGUCGUACCGCGACUCAACGAGGAAGCCGGCCAGGCGCUUAUUGAGGCCUAUGUGGACAUGAGGAAGAUCGGCAGCGGCAGGGGAAUGGUUUCGGCUUACCCCCGACAACUGGAGUCCCUGAUCCGCUUGGCCGAGGCCCACGCCAAGGUGCGCUUCUCUGAGAAGGUGGAGACCAUCGACGUGGAGGAGGCCAAGAGGCUGCACAGGGAGGCCCUCAAGCAAUCGGCCACUGACCCCAGGACGGGAUUUGUGGACAUCUCCAUCCUCACCACUGGUAUGAGCGCCACAGCUCGUAAACGGAAGGAGGAGGUGGCCCAGGCCCUCAAGAAGGUGAUCCAGGCCAAGGGCAAGAUGCACGCCAUCAAGUACCAGCAGCUGCUCGAUGACCUUCGAGGGCAGUCGGAAACUGCCGUGACCAAGGAGUUAUUCGACGAGGCACUGCGAGCCCUCGCUGAUGAAGAUUACCUGACGGUCACUGGAAAGACUGUGCGCCUCCUGGCCUGAGGUGCCACCUGACUUUAUGUACAGUUUGAUUUCAAAUGUGUUCUCUUUGUCCUGUAAAGAAGAAAAAAAAAACUGGUAAUAAUGCUUGUAUGAUUGCAACACAUCCUUUCUGGGUGUUAAGAAUUAUGUGGAAGUUCACCAAAAUGACACUUUGGUUUAGUACCAAAACAAAAAGGUAAUUAUUAGAGCUAAUGUUUGGGAUUUGUAUUUGUUUAAUGUACCACCAAUUUCUUCAUGCCCUUGUUUGUAUUAAAGUAAAAGCAAUUAAAAGUU